AUGUCCAACUACAGCUUCUACAGUACAGGCCGCGAUAAGCGCACGAUCCAGCAGCUCCCUAUUCCGGCCCGUAAAGGGCAUAACGCGAUCUUGGAGUCGAAAUAUUUAGAGGAUAUCGUAGUUGCGAUUGGAGAAUGGAGUUGUCGACGUAUCUUGCUGGUUCAUUCCAAGACUCUGGAUGAGGCGACAGAUGUCAUAGAGAAGCUGAAAGUGAAGAUGGGAUCGUUCAUAGUAGGCACGAAGUCCGGAGUUGGUGCACACUCACCCUACGACGACAUCCUGGAGAUUACCAAGCUGUUGAACGAGACAGAAGCAGACUGCUUGGUCAGUAUAGGAAGUAGCAGUUACUCGGAUGCUUGCAAGAUUGCGCGGUUGAUGCAGACGAACCUCGAUACUCAGAAUCUAACAGUGGAAGCGAUGGAGGCACUGAUCGAUCAAGAGAAGAGUAGAGGAGAAAACCUGAAGGACCCGUCGGUCAAGCUGAUUCUCGUACCGACAAGCCUGAGCGCGAGCGAAUGGAACAAUAACUCCUCCGCAACGAAUCCCAACACACACAAGAAAAAACACUUCGCAAGCGAGCACGCGGCGCCAGAUCUCAUCCUUCUUGACCCCGAAGUUGCCUCUACCUCGCCCAAGAAAUUGUGGGCAUCGUCAGGCAUGCGUGCGGUCGAUCACUGCGUAGAGACGAUGGUCAACGAGAAAUGUACCCAAGAUGCGUUUGAUCAUAUGGAAGACGCCCUCACGAUACUCCUCAAAGGCCUGAAAGAUUAUCAGGACGGCGCGAGUGAGGGAAACCGCGACGAGCUACUAGAGGGAAUCGGCGAUUGUCAGCUCGGUAGCCGGAACGCCAUGAUGGGUCUUUUAUUGUGGGGCGUUCCUAUGGGCGCUUCCCACACAAUUGGACGCCAGCUAGGUAGCGUAUGCGGUGUCAUGCAUGGCGUGACUUCUUGCAUUAUGCUGGCCCCCGUCCUCCGCCACACCUACAGUAAAUCCGAGCAGCAGAAGGAGGUGCAGCAAAGAGUAUUGAACAUAUGGAACGAGAUUCUGAAACUGGAAGAAACGAGUCUUGCAGAUGCAGUGGAGCACUUUGUCAAGUAUCUUGAGCUUCCGAGUACGUUGAGGGAAGUCGGGAUCGAAAGCCAGGAGGAUAUCGACAAAGUGGCUGAGAGUACUUUGACGGAUGCCCUCCAGGACUUGGUGGGAGGUAAGGAGGCAGUCUUGGACAUUUUGAACAUGGCAAAGGGAUAG